GAUGUCCUAAGCCCUUCACCGACUGACCGGCAUCUUCUAUAUCGGUAUUUCCUAUUCGUGCUGGGCGCCGUAAUACACGGUCGACGGAUGAAAAGCUGCCAGUCCAUGGAACAGCUCGGGUUACAGAGGGAACCAUGUGGCCCGAGCGUCUAGGAAGUACGUCAUGCCGCUGGGACACGCCUCCCGGGAUUUAUAGAGAGAGGCUGCCGUGCUUUCCUAAGCGCUCUCAACUUACGAAUCAAUCGACUUUCUUUCGUGAAUUCUAAGUCUCGCCAUUCGUGAGCAAUCGAAAAAGCAUCUAUCUUUGACAAAGUGUCUCAACAACUAAAAUGAGUGUCAUCUCCGCGAUCUUUGUGGUGCUGAUCACCAUCCUGAUGCCUCCGGCUGGCGUCUUUGCCAUCUCCGGCUGCAGCGUUGACUUUUUUGUCAAUAUCUGUCUGACGCUCCUGGGAUAUCUCCCUGGCCACAUCCACGCAUUUUACCUCGAAUACGUCUACUAUGACCGCAAGGAGCAGAACCGCCUAGGACGGUUCGCGGCAAGGCCUGCACCAGGGGUGUACAGCGACAGAAUUCAGAGUGGUGGUCAAGGUUACGGCACCAUUGUCGAGGAUCCCUUAGUACAAAGCGAGGAGGGCAGAGCGGGAGCAACAGGACAGUGAAAAUUGUUGGAUGUUGGCAUCGAUAGAUCGUUCACUGGUGCCCACAUGCUUUGGGGACUUUUAUCUUUCGUUUCGUUCGGAUACACGCACUAAUGACUUUCUUUACUUUUCAAAUGCCCAAAUUGAAUUCUUGAGCUGAAAUGUAGUGAUAGCUGAAGUCACUAGUCCCAUGCUAUGAUGGUCUGACUACCUACCUAUUUAAUUAAUGGCCGGGCGUUCUGUCAAAUAACUUACUCGGGCAGUGGUGAUGUUGCAACGCGGACCGGGUAACGCAGCGCGGCUCAGGAAGCGAUCGUCGCGAGACCAACACCGACACCCGACAACCGAUGGGGGAGCGAUUUGGGCCGGCUGGGGGGCGUGUCGAUGCCCGAUUAGGAUACAGAUCGAGAACGAACGGCCGCCCGGUACCUUAGGUAUGACGGGCUAGGACCCGACACCGAGACGGGAG